AUGACAGUGACCUACACAUACCGUGUAGCUGAGGCCCGCCUGGGCACCUUCUCACAGCUUUUGCUACAAUGGAAAGGCAGCAUUUAUAAGCUUCUCUAUUGUGAGUUAUUAAUCUUCGUAUCACUUUACUUUGGCAUCAGCCUCAUCUACAGGUUAAUUCUGAAUGACAAUCAAAGGCUGAUGUUUGAAAAAUUAGCCCUUUAUUGCAAUAGCUAUGCUGAAUUGAUUCCUGUGUCUUUUGUCUUAGGCUUUUAUGUAACUUUAGUGGUAUCUCGCUGGUGGGGACAGUACGAGAGUAUCCCAUGGCCUGACCGCAUUAUGAAUCUGGUUUCAAGUGGUGUGGAUGGGAAGGACGAGUAUGGGCGUCUUCUGCGGCGCACACUCAUGCGCUACAUUAAUCUACUGAGUGUGCUGAUCUUGCGCUCAGUCAGCACUGCAGUCUUCAAGCGGUUUCCCAGCAUGGAACAUGUAGUGACAGCAGGCCUGAUGACUCCAGAAGAACACAAGAAGUUUGAAAGUUUAAAUUCAGCCCAUAACAAGUUUUGGAUCCCAUGUGUCUGGUUCUCAAAUUUGGCAGUGAAGGCACGUAAUGAGGGGCGAAUCCAUGACAGUGUACUCCUUCAAGGCAUCUUGAAUGAAAUGAACACAUUGCGCAGCCAGUGUGGGCGUCUCUAUGGAUAUGAUUGGAUUAGUAUUCCCUUGGUCUAUACACAGGUUGUAACAGUAGCUGUUUACAGCUUCUUCCUUGCGUGUUUAAUUGGUCGGCAGUUCCUGGAUCCAGCCAAAGGGUAUCCUGGCCAUGAAAUGGAUCUCUAUGUGCCCAUUUUCACAUUCUUGCAGUUUUUCUUCUAUGCUGGGUGGCUAAAGGUAGCAGAACAGCUCAUCAAUCCAUUUGGGGAGGAUGAUGAUGACUUUGAAACUAAUUGGCUUAUUGAUAGGAAUCUGCAGGUCUCCCUUAUGGCUGUGGAUGAAAUGCACCAGGACUUACCAGCAUUGCAGAAGGAUCCAUAUUGGAACGAACCAGACCCCCAGCCACCUUAUACUGCAGCAACAGCAGAAUAUAAGAGGACAUCGUUCCUUGGAUCAACUUUUGACAUCAGCAUGCAGAAAGAAGAAAUGGAAUUCCAACCCCUGAAAAAGAUCAAAGAGAAUGAGGAAGCAAACCACUCAACACCAUUGCUGGGGCACAUAAGCCGCUUUCUGAAUGUACAAUCACCCACUUUUACCAGGUCACCAAGAAUGAGCCUGAUACGUCGGAGGAAUGAAAAUGUCUCUCCUUCUUGUUAUGCUUAUAUGGAUGUGGUUAAGCCUGGGAACCUCCAAAGUAUUAACCAGCUAAGGGGAGACAACUCCCCAUUAGGCAUCGGUUCUCAAGAUCAGUGGGACACUGCUGCCAGUAAACUGAGAGAAUUUGAUGCCUUCACAUCAAGCCCUUUCUAUGAAAGACCUGGAUUCUACAGUGCUCCUCAGACACCCAUUAGCUCAGUCCCAAUGAUCUUGCCAUCCCAGCGUCAAAACCGAAAAAAACCACCUGCUCUCUCCAAUAUUGCUGCCUGUCCCACUUUUCUGAAGGACCAUACUACUAGCCAGUCUCCUUGCAAAGCCAGUGAUUUGGAUAGGAGUGAGAACUUGGCUGGCUCAAAAUCAAAGGAGUCUUUUCCAUGGUCAGCUGAAAAAAGCCAUGUUUCAGAUUCAUUAGCCAUGUCAGUUAAAGAAGAUACCAAAAACGUAAGUUGGUCAAAAGAAACAACUCCCCUCGGAAGUCCAGAAGGACCUCUGUCCUCAGAAGACUCUGUAAGUACCAAGUUCCCCUUUGUGGAGUGCACAAGCCCUGAGUUACAAACCAGUUUUAAAAGCUUGAAUAACCUGAAAAGCCACCAGCAACUUCCAGAUAACAUAUCUCCAGACCAUUCCAGCUUCCUUUAUACUCAUAACAUCAAGACUCCUAAUAGCAAUGGCCCUGCUACUUUCUUUCCCUUCACCUCUUUGACUCCCCCAGGGCUUGAGCCAUCUCACCGGAGCAAAGGAAAUGCUGCUGUUGUCCCUAGUUCAGAAGCUUCUCCUGGAGUUACAAAGCAAGAUAGUUCAGCUGUUUCUGAAGCUGCAAAUGACCCAGGAAGUAUUUAUUACACCGAGGAGCAGAGAAAGACCACCAGCUCUUCACCUAAUGACUCUGGCAUCUCCCUAGCAGAAAGAGACUUCGUGGGAUUAAUGGAAGUGAUCAUGGAAAUAAGUGAGAAUACAAGCGAUGAAGGGAAGGGAGAGAAGGGACAAUUCAGUUAAG